CUGGCAAAGCGACAAAUUAUUUACGCGGUGGACGUCGUCCCCGGCGAUGCACCAGGUGCCCCCCGGGCCAAUAAAGUGUGCGAUUGGCACCUCCGGUGGUAGGGACACUCCGACGUCGUUCCCCGAAUAAAUAUUGCACGUCAGACUGUCAAAGGCAGUCGAGUGGUGCCGUAGGAUCGAAGCGCCAAGCGUGCAAGUGAUUUUUUUUGUACCAUCCCCUGAACCAUGGACGACGAUGGCGCCGAUUGGAUGUCCGCCGCCGCUGACGACGAGCCCGCGGCCGCCCCGGCGGCGGAGGCGCCCAAAGCGGCAGAAGAAGUAGGGGGCGAAGCCCCGGCCGAAGGGGGCCAGUCUGCCGACGCGGAGGCGGAAGAAGCCGCCGCCGCAGAAGCCGAAGGCGAAUACCUGGACCCCGACAAGCUACUACUCUUCAAGCAUUGGAUCAGGCCGAGGUACUUGCAGUACCGGUACCUCUACGAGUACCGCAGGAACUACUACGACGACGUCAUGGAGGCGGUCGAGAGGCGCCAGAAGGGUUUCAGACGGGACAUCCCGAGGCCGCAGACGUGGGCCGAAAGGGCGCUGCGCACAUACAACGACCCCCUGCGGAAGCUCGAGGAGUUCGACCGCCGCCUAGAGGAUGUCAGGCUGGUGACCCGAUCCGAGAUAAGCGGCACCUUUUACAACUACUACGCGAAGCAGAACUUCAACAAGCGCUACUCGAAACUGCUGUACUAGCCACGAUUAAACGGCUCACGGUUUUGUUAUUUCAUUUUGAGGUUAGAAAGAAGCUAAUUUUGCACUAAUCGAAGCGUUUUUUAAUUUACAACGCGAAUCAUCUUCAAAUUGUGGCGCUGUGAAGGUAAAACCCUUUUAAUCGUGGUAGAAUCAAUAUUACGUAGAUCGCUUUUUAAUUAAUUGGGGCCCCGCGUGGCAUUUCCGUAGUUCAAAUUAAAUGUGGCUCCACCGCGCGCUCCCCUUUCUAAAAUCGCGCUAACUUAAUUAAAUUGUGGCGGUCCUCUUAUGGUAUUUAAAAUAAAAUUGUGGCGUCCACCUUUGUUGAGGCACUUAUUUUAACAAUGCGAGGCUCCCAUUUUGAGGCGAUUCCAUCGUUUAAACUGCGAGGCCUGUCAUUUAAAAUUAAACGUGCCUCGAAAAGUAAAUAAAUUGUAGAAAUUGUAAAAACAAAUUGUGGUUCCGACUUCAAAUUACGGCGCCCACUCAGUAAUUCUACAACGACUUUUUAAUUGUGGGGCGCAUCUUGUAGAAUCGAUUUUUAACUAAAUCGUGAUUCAGUUAAUAUUUAAAUCGUAACGCCCAUCUUAAGUUUAAACUGAGAGGCUCGUCUUUUACAACCUCCAAUUUAAAUUAAUUGUGGCUCAAUUGGCAAAUAAAUAGUCUAAAUUGUAGAAAAAAAAUAUGGUUCCAGCUUCAAAUUGUGGCCCCCAACGCGUAAUUCUUCAAAGAUCUUUUAAUUGUGGCGCGCAUCUUGUAGAAUCGGUUUUGAAAUAAAUUGUGGCGCCCCGAUUUAAAAUCUUUUAAACAACGUGCUCGAGAAGUAAAUCGUGAAUUUAAUUGUGGUUAGUUUUGGUUUGUGAAUAUUUAAAUAAAUUCGAUAUAUAAAUUGAGGGGCUCGUCUUUGAGAAUCUCAGAUUUAAAUUAAUUGUGGCUCAAUUGGCAAAUAAAUAGUCUAAAUUGUAGAAAAAAAAUAUGGUGCCAGCUUCAAAUUGUGGCCCCCAACGCGUAAUUCUUCAAAGAUCUUUUAAUUGUGGCGCGCAUCUUGUAGAAUCGGUUUUGAAAUAAAUUGUGGCGCCCCGAUUUAAUAUCUUUUAAACAACGUGCUCGAGAAGUAAAUCGUGAAUUUAAUUGUGGUUAGUUUUGGUUUGUGAAUAUUUAAAUAAAUUCGAUAUAUAAAUUGAGGGGCUCGUCUUUGAGAAUCUCAGAUUUAAAUUAAUUGUGGCUCAAUUGGCAAAUAAAUAGUCUAAAUUGUAGAAAAAAAAUAUGGUGCCAGCUUCAAAUUGUGGCCCCCAACGCGUAAUUCUUCAAAGAUCUUUUAAUUGUGGCGCGCAUCUUGUAGAAUCGGUUUUGAAAUAAAUUGUGGCGCCCCGAUUUAAUAUCUUUUAAACAACGUGCUCGAGAAGUAAAUCGUGAAUUUAAUUGUGGUUAGUUUUGGUUUGUGA